GAAUCAUACUUCAUGCACAUUAUAAUUAGCCAUUUUCUCAAUGGCUGCCAGAAAAUAAAAACCAAACCGGUUUUAAGGAAACCGGUUUAUUAGGCUGGGACAUAACCCCCAUAUAAGCCUGAACCAAGCACAUGUCACUGGGUUUCCAUUUAUUGUUAACGACUUUCUGUUUUCUUUUAAUAAGCACAUGGAAGAAUGUAUUUGAGGAAGGAAUUAAAUUAUAGCGUUGCGUGAAUUAAGCAUCUGCAUUGAAUGAUCCGUUAUGUUUAAUCUCUGGUCUUUUUCUUUUGUUGAAUUGAAUUAAACUGAUACUUAAUCACGGGUUGACAUGUAGAUGCAUUCAAUCUAGCAUUGAUAAUUUUUAAACUGGCAUGUGGCGUUCGUUACACUUUAGAUCAUAAACAAACAAGUGAUAUUAAUCCUCAGGUGACAUUUCUGGUACUCAUGUUCGUUACACUUUACACAUUGAUUUUAAUCAAUUCCCAAUUCUAACCAUAUGAUUAACGAAAAUCAUAUUUUGUCUAGUUAAAUCAAACAAGUGAUAUUAAUCCUCAACUGGAAUAUAAAAUUAGAGAAAUAAUGAAAAUAAUUUAUUUUGCUCCAUUCUUUUUUAAUAAGCAAUUAAUUAUUUUAAUUUAUCCUUUUUGAUUAUUCUUGAAUUUUCCUAUUAUAAAUGCGUACGAGAAAAAGACAAUAAAAUGAACAAACAAGAAAAAGACAUGAGUUUAAAUGUUCAAAAAAAAAGAAAAAAAAGAUAUGAGUUUCUUUAGAAAAAGACAUGAGUUUCUUUUUUUUUUUUGUUAAAAAAAAACAUGAGUUUCUUUAGAAAAAGACAUGAGUUUCUUUAUGUCGGACGCUAAACUCAAGUGAAAACUGUAAAAAGUAAGACAACUUAGGGUAAAACCGUCAAUUCGCUCCUACGGUUCUCCGUAACUGUCUGAGAAUAUAAGAGGCGCAGUGUCCAGAGACGCUCCGUGGACCGUAGAUUUUCCUUCUUUCUCUUCUUCCUCUUCUUCCUCCAUACUGUUCUUUCUUUUUGAUCUCUCUCUCUAUCUCUUAGGAUCUUUCGUCCUAAGGUUAUCUGACUUGUGUCGGUACGUGAAAUGUUUCUCUCUUUUUCUUUCUUCUGAAAAUUAUCUAAUGCUUUACACUAGAUUUGCAAAUGAUGUAACGUGAGUAACGUAACAUGCGAUCUAGUUUCCUGGAUGUUGUCUGUUUACAUGAUCCCAUAUCAAUGUGUCAUUGUUUUCUUCUUUAAGACCUGGUAUUUCAUUUUAAAAUGGCUACUACAUAUAAGCCCAAGAACAUUCUCAUAACUGGAGCUGCUGGAUUUAUUGCUUCUCAUGUUGCCAACAGACUAAUCCGUAGCUAUCCAGAUUACAAGAUCGUUGUCUUGGACAAGCUUGAUUACUGUUCAGAUCUCAAGAAUCUCAACCCUUCGCAUUCUUCUCCAAACUUCAAGUUUGUCAAAGGAGAUAUCGCUAGUGAUGACCUCGUUAGCUACCUUCUCAUCACUGAAAACAUCGAUACCAUCAUGCACUUUGCUGCUCAAACCCAUGUUGACAACUCCUUCGGUAACAGCUUUGAGUUUACCAAGAACAAUAUAUACGGUACUCAUGUUCUUCUUGAAGCCUGUAAAGUAACAAGACAGAUCAGGAGGUUUAUCCAUGUGAGUACCGAUGAAGUCUAUGGAGAAACAGAUGAGGAUGCUGCUGUUGGAAACCAUGAAGCUUCUCAGCUUUUACCGACGAAUCCAUACUCAGCUACUAAGGCUGGUGCUGAGAUGCUUGUGAUGGCUUAUGGUCGAUCAUAUGGAUUGCCUGUUAUCACUACCCGUGGGAACAAUGUUUAUGGGCCUAACCAGUUUCCGGAGAAAAUGAUUCCUAAGUUCAUGUUGUUAGCUAUGAGUGGUAAGCCGCUUCCGAUCCAUGGAGAUGGAUCUAACGUCAGGAGUUACUUGUACUGUGAAGACGUAGCUGAAGCCUUUGAGGUUGUUCUUCACAAAGGAGAAGUUGGUCACGUGUACAACAUCGGAACAAAGAGAGAAAGAAGAGUGAUUGAUGUGGCGAGAGACAUCUGCAAACUUCUAGGGAAAGAUCCUGAAUCAAGCAUUCAGUUUGUGGAGAAUCGACCUUUUAAUGAUCAGAGGUACUUCCUUGAUGAUCAGAAGCUGAAGAAUCUGGGUUGGUCGGAGAGAACCGGGUGGGAAGAUGGGUUGAAGAAGACAAUGGAAUGGUACACUCAGAACCCUGAGUGGUGGGGUGAUGUCUCUGGAGCUUUGCUUCCUCAUCCGAGGAUGCUUAUGAUGCCUGGUGGAAGACUCUCGGAUGUUUCGGAUGAGAAGAAAGACGCGUCGAGCAACACCGUUCAGACAUUCACGGUCGUAACACCUAACAACAAGACUGCUGGUUCUAAUGACAAAGCCUCGUUAAAGUUUUUGAUCUAUGGUAAGACUGGGUGGAUCGGUGGUCUUCUAGGGAAACUAUGUGAGAAGCAAGGGAUUACAUAUGAGUAUGGGAAAGGACGUUUGGAGGACAGAGCUUCUCUUAUUGCUGAUAUUCGUAGCAUCAAGCCGACUCAUGUGUUUAACGCUGCUGGUUUGACCGGGAGACCUAACGUUGACUGGUGUGAAUCUCACAAAGCCGAGACCAUUCGUGUCAAUGUCGCUGGUACGUUGACUCUUGCAGAUGUUUGUAGAGAGAGUGGUCUCUUGAUGAUGAAUUUCGCCACCGGUUGCAUCUUUGAGUACGAUGCUGCACAUCCUGAGGGUUCUGGUCUUGGCUUCAAGGAGGAAGACAAGCCCAACUUCACUGGUUCUUUCUACUCCAAAACCAAAGCCAUGGUCGAGGAGCUUUUGAGAGAGUUUGACAAUGUAUGUACUUUGAGAGUCCGGAUGCCAAUCUCAUCAGACCUAAACAACCCACGAAACUUCAUCACCAAGAUAUCACGCUACAACAAAGUGGUGAACAUCCCGAACAGCAUGACCAUACUAGAUGAGCUACUUCCAAUCUCCAUCGAGAUGGCAAAGAGAAACCUGAGAGGGAUAUGGAACUUCACCAACCCAGGGGUGGUGAGCCACAACGAGAUACUGGAGAUGUACAAGAGUUACAUCGAGCCUGGAUUUAAAUGGUCCAACUUCACAGUUGAAGAACAAGCUAAGGUCAUUGUUGCUCCUCGAAGCAACAAUGAAAUGGAUGGUGCUAAACUAAGCAAGGAGUUCCCAGAGAUGCUACCUAUUAAAGAGGCACUGAUCAAAUACGUUUUUGGACCAAACAAGAGAACCUGAGCCCUCAGUGAACAAUACACUAUUUGCCACAAGUGCUUACCUAUAACUGUUUUUUUUUGGCUUUCUUUUUACAAAAAUGUCUUUUUAUAUUUGCUCGCAUCUUACAUCCUUGUAAGUAGUUUCACUAUAUUGAUUCUACUAAAAUAUAUGAUUUAUCAUUACUAUU